AUGGCAACUCAAGAUGAUUCUUCUAGUUUCUCCAGCGACAAGGAUUCUGUCGCUAUAAUUGGUCUUGCUUGCCGUUUCCCCGGCGAUGCAACUGACUCGGAGAAAUUCUGGCAGAUGCUGUGUGACGGUAGAUCGGCUGUCUCCAAGGUGCCGCUUGAUCGAUGGAACAACGAUGGGUUUUACAGCGGGAAAAAGGGGCGGCAAAACAUUAACACCACUGAACGCGCGCACUUCCUGAACGGCGAUAUUUCGGCCUUCGAUGCGAACUUCUUCUCUCUCUCCCGGCCGGAUGCAAUCGCAAUGGAUCCCCAGCAGAGACUGAUGCUUGAAGUUUCAUACGAGGCCUUCGAGAACGCCGGUCUCCCCCUGGAUCGGCUAGCGGGAAGUAAGACCGGCUGCUUCGUUGGCUCGUUCUCUCACGACUGGAGAGAGAUGCAGUUUCACGACCCAGAUUCAGCCCCUACCUAUGGUUUGUCUGGUAUGCAGGCUGAGAUGCUUGCAAACCGACUGUCAUGGUUCUUUGAUCUCCGAGGGCCGAGCAUUACCCUCGAGACGGCCUGUUCUUCCAGCUUGGUCGGCCUACAUAUCGCUUGCCAGAGCUUGAAGGCUGGUGAUUGCAAGGUCGCGCUCGUUGGCGGGGCCAAUCUUCUCCUAAGCCCAAACAUGUUCUUGACUCUGUCAAAUCAAGGCUUUCUGUCCCCCGAUGGUCUCUGCAAAGCAUUCGACGCUUCUGCGGAUGGAUACGGCCGAGGAGAGGGUUUUGGUGUUGUGAUUCUCAAGCCGAUCGAGGACGCAAUUAGAGAUGGUGAUCCUAUCCGGGCCGUCAUACGCGGCACUGGCUCCAACCAAGAUGGCAAGACAAAAGGUCUCACAAUGCCCAACGGCCAAGCUCAGGAAGCUCUGAUCCGGGAGACGUACCGCUCUGUUGGGCUUGACCUCAAGGACACCGGAUACUUUGAAGCCCAUGGGACGGGGACCCAGGCAGGUGACUUUGAAGAACUGGGAGCCAUCGCAAGAACCAUCGGCGCCGCGCGCAAAGAUGCAGGAAUCGACAAGCUGUGGGUCGGUUCGGUGAAAACUAACAUCGGCCAUCUGGAGGCAACGGCUGGACUAGCGGGUAUUAUCAAAGCAGUGUACGUACUGGAGCAUGGCUCCAUCCCGAAGAACCUGUUCUUCGAGAACCCAAAUCCCAGAAUUCCGUUUGAUUCGUGGCAUUUGGCCGUACCAACUGAUCAGAUACCCUGGCCCGACGAUGAUGUUCGCCGCAUCAGUGUCAACUCGUUCGGUUUCGGCGGGUCGAAUGCUCACGCCAUCCUUGAUGACGCUCACCACUACUUUGCUCGGCGGGGUAUCAAGCUCAAGCUGCAAGAUCCUGUUCCGACACGUUCCUGUAGCGUGGGACAGGAAUCUCGAGGCGUGCAGCCCCUUCUUCUACUGUUGAGCUCCAGCGAUUCAUCAGGGCUGAAUCGCCAACGCAAUGCCCUUCUAAAGUACUUGAACAUGUCUCAAAUGGAUCAAGGGACCUCUCCGGACUUCCUGCGGGACCUUGCGUUUACUCUCAACGAAAAAAGGUCUCGCUUGCCCUGGAAGUCAUAUUGCAGCGCCUCUACAGUCUCCCAGCUGCGUGAAAAGUUGGAAGCAAAGGACUUUCCAAAGGUGCGCUCCUUCGCAGACCCAAGGCUCGCUUUUGUUUUCACGGGGCAAGGCGCGCAGUGGGCACGUAUGGGAGUUGAGUUGCUCGAUUUCCAAGUCUUUAGGGAAAGUGUGGAAGCAGCAGACGCAUACCUCCGCAAUGACGACUGCACAUGGUCCCCUCUCGAAGAAUUGCAGCGUGAGGAAGCGACAUCCAAUGUUCAUCAUUCCUCACAUAGCCAGGUGCUGUGUACCAUCUUGCAAAUUGCGCUGGUCGAGCUACUUCGGUCUUGGAAAAUAUUGCCCCGGUCCGUGGUCGGCCACUCGAGCGGCGAGAUCGCCGCCGCCUACACCGUCGGUGCGAUCGCGCGAGAGGAUGCUUGGCGCAUUGCGUAUUGGCGCGGUAAGCUAUCAUCCAACUUGACCAGUCUCGCACCACAGCUUCGGGGCUCAAUGAUGGCGGUUGGCUGCUCCCGAGAGGUUGCGGAGACACAUAUCGCCACGAGCGUCACGGAAGGCCAAUGCGUUGUCGCCUGCGUCAACGCCCCCUCCAGCGUCACCAUAUCCGGGGAUGAUACUGCCGUAGCUGAGCUCCAAACAGCGCUCGAGAAAAAGGGUAUCUUCGCUCGAAAGCUCAAAGUCGCAACGGCGUAUCAUUCACAUCAUAUGAAAGUCGUCGAGGACGCAUACCUUGCAGCCCUGCAGGGCCUCAAACUUAGAGAUGUUGGUUCCGAUGCGCCACAGAUGUUCACAUCCGUGACGGAGUCCGUGUUGCAGCCCAGUGAUCUCGACGCCUCCUACUGGGUGCGAAACCUGGUCUCUCCGGUGCUGUUCGCCGGAGCGGUAUACCAGCUUGCCCGGCCAAAGGACGAAAAAGACGAAGCAACAGGCGCUGCGGUGGAGUUGAUACUCGAGAUCGGGCCGCACUCGGCUCUACAAGGUCCAAUCACGCAGGUGCUGCAAGCUCACGGCCUCCAGCAGGUCAAGUACAGCUCACUCUUGAGCCGCGGAAACAACGCGAUUGAUACUGUGCUGGCUGUUGCCGGCGACUUAGUCUGCCACGGCCUGCCUGUCGAUAUGGCGGCCAUAAACGGUGCAACAGCUGCGCGGGAUUUGGCGGGCCACCUGCCAAUAUUGGUCAAUCUCCCCCCCUACUCUUGGAAUCACACAAAGACAUACUGGACGGAGUCUCGAGUGACUCGGAAGUUCAAGCAGCGAUCGUCGGUCCAGUCAAAUUCCCUGGGAGCACCGUGGCCUGCUGUCGGCACAGCUGAACACUUAUGGCGAGGCUUUCUACGCGCUAGUGACGAACCUUGGGUUCGUGACCAUAAAGUUCAGACCAACAUUCUAUAUCCAGCAGCCGGAUUCUUAGCUAUGGCGGUGGAAGCAGCGAUCCAAGUCAGCGAGCCAAGCCAUGCGCCGACGCGGCUCAGGCUCCGAGAAAUUCAUUUCAACAAGCCCAUCGUGAUGACGGAAGAGUCUGCGACGGAGGUCAUCGUCCGGUUGACCCCACCUGCUAAUGGCACUUUCAGUUCCGGGGACGCCUGGCACGAGUUUAAGAUCUCAUCAUCCUCAAAUACGGAGGAGGAGCUAUCUCUCAACUGUUCUGGGCGUUUAUCGAUAGAAUGUGGAGACGAGAUGAGCCCAGCUGCUCGCGACGAGACUGUGAUGGAGCAGCAGAGCAGCAGAAGCAGUUAUGCUGCCGCUCUGGAGUCAUGCACGACCGCCAAGGAUACCCUCUCGUUCUACAGCCAACUGGACAGCGUGGGUCUACAUUAUGGUCCGUCAUUCAGGGGCUUGAAGAAUAUCCAUUACGAUACCCACGGGCGAUGCUGCUGUACUGUCCAAAUUGCGAAGGCGGAGUCCGAGCCCGAGUCGAGAAACAAACCACCCAAGAGAUACUAUACCAUCCACCCCACCUGUCUCGAGAGCAUGUUCCACUCGGCUCUUGCAGCUAUUGUCGCUAAACAUGGAAGAGUCAAAGGCGCUUUUGUAGUCAAGUCUAUUGACGAAAUCACCAUCGACGCCAACAUCCCUUCCUCUGCAGGUGCGCAUUUUUGCGGGUGGUCCACGGCAAGAAGCCUAGGAUUCCGCGACAUCACAUCGGAUAUUUCCAUGUUUGAGGAUACAAACGGUAAUCCGACUGUGAUAGUGAAGGGUCUCCGCCUCACUGAGGUGCCAUCUGCUGCUAGUGAUCUCGUCGAAGACACGCCGGCGAAGGCGAUGGCCAGCAAGGCGGUAUGGGCUCCGGCAGUCGAUCUUCUUCAAUCUUCUCAGUGGAAGUCAGUAAUGUAUGACACAACGCAGCCGGCCACCCGUGAUGCCGAAAACGUCCUCAUAAGCGAGCGAGCAGCCAUGGGGGCCGUAGAAAGCGCAAUCAACCGCGCAGAGGAAAGCCGCACCUUGACAGUGAAAUUGCGGAACGCCACAAGAUGGAUCACCAAGCAGCUAAAACAGAGCCCCAACAAGCCGGCGGGCGGCGCUGCCGGUCCGGCGGAGACCAAAUUCGAAACGACGCUCACUCGAGUUCUGAUGGGCGACCUUGAUCCGGCCUGUCUGCUUGACGGCUCGAGAAGCAUUCGCGAGUUUAUCAAGCGGCAGAGUGGAAUGAAUGCAUUUCCAGAUAUAGUUAUUAGUGCAAUCGCGCACACGGAGCCAAGGAUUGCGGUCCUCGAGCUGGACUGCGACAGGAAUGCGGCACAACCAUCAUUUCUGGGCUCAGCGGCAACUCUUCCAGCGUCGAUUAAAUACACUUUUGCGUCGCCAAAUGCGGAUGAGAUCGAGAGACUGCGACAGGGGCCUGCCGCAUCGACUACCUUCCCAGUUAGCUACAGUACUCUGGACGUCGAACAGGACCUUGGGGACCAAGGUAUUCAGCCCAAAUCAUAUAAUCUCAUUGUUGGCUUCAACAUUAUAUCAGAUGCUGCCAAUGCGGAAAAUAUAGUCCUGUCUCUGAAAUCGCUGUUGGCCGACGGUGGGAGGCUCUGCCUUGUGGAAUUGACGAAGCCACGGCUACAAGCUCUUCCAGCUUUAGGCAUCCUUUGCAAUUGGUGGAAGAAGCGUGACGAUGGCUCGGCCCGCCCGCUCCAACUGGGGUUCAUUCAUGACCUCCUCUCACAGGCGGGAUUCGCAGUGGAUUUUGUUGAUUCCGAUGGUGUCGACCCACGCUUCUAUGGUCUGACAACUAUAGUUGCAACAAAGGCAUCCAUUGUAUCAAGUAUAUCCUUGUCGCGGGACGAGCUGAUUGUUCUCAAGAGGAGGGACAGUCCGGAGGGUGUCAACGCCCUUAUUUCCGAGCUGGCUAAGAUGCUAGAAGCGAAAUCGGUUUCUGUCCGUAUUAUCAGCUGGGGUGAAAGCAGAACCAAUUUCAAAGAUACAAACGUCCUCAGCCUCCUAGAGUACGAUACGCCUUUUCUGAACCAGCUGACUGAAGAGGACUUCGCCGCUGUGAAAGACGUCGUUACGGAGACAACAAGCCUAAGUUGGGUUACAGCUCUGGGCGAGCCUCACUGCUCUACCGUUACUGGUUUCGCGCGGGUUCUCUGCUCUGAAAUUUCUGGCCUGAGGUUCAGGACUCUGCAGCUGAGCCUCGAGACCAGUCUCUCGGGUGCUGAUUCAGCAGCGGAAAUCGUCUACCGAUUUCUCAGCAGCACCACGGCAGAUAAUGAGUUUAAAGAAGAGUCGGGCUUCAUCAAUAUCUCCCGGAUCAUGCUUGACCAUGAUACAAGCCAGCAGCUCUCUAAACUAGCCUUUGGUGAAGCCAUAGAGCUACGGUCCUUGGGCACCGGCGGUGAGCCGAAAGAGCUCUGCGUGCGCAAUCCUGGGAUGCUAGAUUCGUUGUUCUUUAGGUCAGCUUCUGAAAGAAGUGUUGACCUCGAAGAUGAUGAGGUAGAGAUUCAAGUGAGAGCUAGCGGAUUGAACUUUCGAGAUGUCAUGGUUCUGAUGGACCAGAUCUCCGAUGAACUUCUAGGAUUCGAAGCUAGCGGGGUGGUACUCCGUGUCGGCAGGGACGUGACCGAAUUCAAGUCCGGCGACAAAAUCUGUACUCUCACGCACGGCGCGCAUCGUACAGUCCUACGAAGCAAGUCGGACGCGUGUCAACAUAUUCCCCAAGGUCUGAGCUUCGAGGAAGCUGCGUGCCUCCCGCUGGCGCACUGCACGGCAUAUCACGCACUCGUGAACGUUGCCCACGCCCAAAAAGGCCAGUCUAUCUUGGUUCAUGCGGCGGCUGGCGGAGUCGGCCAAGCCGCCAUCCAGCUCGCGCAGCAUCUCGGGUUGGAGCUUUUUGCCACAGUUGGAUCUCCCGAGAAGAGAGAUCUGCUACACGAGAAGUACCAUAUCCCUCACAGCCAUAUAUUCUAUUCGCGUGAUGCUAGCUUCGCUAAAGGGGUGCUCCGUUUGACUGAUGGCAAAGGAGUAGAUUGCAUCCUUAACUCACUUUCAGGAGAGAUGUUGCGGCACACCUGGUACUGUCUGGCUCCGUUUGGCACUUUCGUCGAGAUUGGCAUGAAGGACCUGUUGGGAAACGCGGCAUUGGAUAUGAGGCCAUUCCUGAAAGACACUACCUUUGCCGCGAUCGAUCUGAAGUAUAUCUCCAAAGCUCGACCUGGCAUGUUGGCGGAACUCCUUCGAAAUACCUUUCAUCUUCUGAGGCAAGGCUUCUUGAAACCUAUCACUCCCCUGACUGUAUACCCGGCUUCGCGGGUCGAGGACGCUAUGCGGCUUAUGCAAGCAGGCAAGCACCUGGGCAAGAUCGCGUUAUCCUACUCUCCGCAAGAUGUGGUUCCCAUGCUAUAUAAUCCAAACACUGCCGUUAAGGUCGACCCAGACAAGACAUAUUUGAUUGCGGGAGGACUUGGUGGAAUCGGACGCAGCUUAGCGGCUUUGCUCAUCGAAUGCGGAGCUCAACAUCUCGCUUUUGUCUCCCGAUCAGGGGCGGCGUCACCCCUCCGGGAAGCAUUCCUACGAGACCUCAAGAAGGUAGGAGUCAACGUUGGUGUUUAUAAGUGUGACAUUUCUGACGCCAAUGCGCUUGGGGAAACCCUCCACCAAUGCUCGAAAGAGAUGCCUCCGGUGAAGGGCGUAAUUCAGUCCGUGGCGGUCCUCCGAGAUUCCAUCAUAUACAAUAUGACGUUCCGGCAGUGGAAUGAGGCGCUAGAGGGAAAGCUCCAGGGCAGCUGGAAUUUGCACGAGCAGACGCCGCGCGAUCUCGAUUUCUUCUUGUGCCUUGGCUCUUUCAUCGCCACAAUCGGCAGCCGCAGCCAGAGCAACUACGCUGCCGGAUGCGCAUUCCAGGAUGGCCUGGCGCACAUGCGACAAGCGAUUGGGCUGCCAGCCGUGACAAUAGAUUUGGGCAUCAUGAAGGGCAUCGGCAUCAUCGCCGACCAGGGGGCUGCCGGCGAUGCCCUCGAAUGGCGGGACCUGACUGGCGUCGACGAAUCCGAGCUACACGUACUUGUCAAGCUGGCCAUCGCCGGCCAGAUGUCUAGUGCAGAGAAGAGGUGCCCUCCGCAAAUCAUUAACGGUGUCCCGACCGGUGCCAUGGUACGAGAAGCAGGUGUCAGGAAGCCGUAUUUUCUCGAGGACCCACGCUUCGCCGCGAUAGCAGCUAUCGGCUCGCAGGACCAGAUGGAAAUGAGCGGCGGCAAGCAGACGGCACUACUGAAAGAUCAACUUGCACAAUGCGAUAACUUGCCGGCCGCGGUGCAUCUUGUUACUGGCGCGUUAGUCGCCAGAGUGGCAAAGCUGAUGCACCUCGAUCUCGUCGACAUCGACGAUGAGAAACCUCUGUAUGGCUAUGGGGUCGACUCACUCCUCGCUAUCGAGAUGGUCCAAUGGAUCAAGAGGGAGACCCAAGCGGAGAUGACCGUUUUUGAUGUUAUGUCAUCGCUGUCUUUGAAAUCCUUUUCCGCGGCCAUUAUCGCAAAAAGCAACCUUUCAACCGGUUCCAGCGCGGCCAUCAAUGGAUCUUAG